UCAACCUUCAAUAAGUAGUUCAAGCACCCACAUAAAUUUGAGUAGCUACACCUCAAUUUCCCAUCCAACCAGUUUCAUCACCAAAUCUUUUGCUCACUCUCCUUCUUUAUCUAACAAUGGAUGCUCGAACCUUCGAAGGAAAACGCGGUUUUCGAGAGAGAACGUUGGCGAAAGACGAUUGCAUUAUCGAAGACGAUCAAUUCCUAGAUGAUGAUAUGGAAGAAGAUGAUCAGAAUGGUGGUGUUGGUUAUGGUGAUCAUGAUCAAAAGAAGAAACAAGUUAGCGUCGUGACGUACGGGAAACGAGCGCCUAGUAGCGGUGGCGGUGGUGGUGGCGGAACAUCGGCGGUUGGUUGCCAAGUAGAGAGGUGUGGAGCUGAUUUAAGUGAUGCAAAGAAGUACCAUAGGCGCCAUAAGGUUUGUGAGGUUCAUGCAAAGGCAGCGGCUGUUGCUGUUGCUGGUCUCAGACAGAGGUUUUGCCAACAAUGCAGCAGGUUCCAUGAGCUAGCGGAGUUUGAUGAAUCAAAGAGGAGUUGCCGGAGGCGUUUGGCCGGACACAAUGAGCGGCGGAGGAAGAGUACUUCAACGGAAUCAUACGGAGAAGGAUCGAGUCGGAAAGUGUCAUUUGGUGGUCAUCAGCUGAAGGAAAAUCCAUGCAGGCAAGUUGAUGAGAGGGGCAAAUAUCUGAUAACCAUACCACCUCCACCAAAUUCAGCUUACAAGCGAUCCCAGUUCAGAUAAACUUAUUAAUUUGCUCUCUCUCUUCUGUCACCCUAUCUCUAAAUUACCUAAAUAAUAAAUUGUAAACCUAUCAAUUUAUCCCUGGAUUUGUACGUACGCCAUGAAAAAUUUAAUACUAUAAUUAACUUUGCUUUAUUAAUUAGUCCCAUAAGCCUAUUAAUCAAUCCAAAUCCUUAAUUAAUUAGCUCUCCUACAGCUAUUUCAAAAAUUGAUAAAGUUUAUGGGACUAAUAGAUAAGAAAAUUAAUUUAUCGCGUGUAAAAUCAGGGAGCAAAUUGAUUAUUAAGUCAAAAAUUAUGGGAGCAAUAUAAUUGUAUCAUGAGUUCAUAAUCAAAUAAAAGGAAAAAUGAUCGUGCAUGUAUGUAGUA